UUUCCAUUGAUAAAUGGGUGUAAAUCCUGAUGACUUUUACAGUGGUAAAGUUAUUGGGAUGAAACCAAUGACCUUUGUACCAAACUCGCCGGCAUCAAAUUCUUUAUCGAUAAAUAAAAAGAAGAAUAAUCAAAGGCGUACCAAAUAGUGUCUGCAUGUGAUGCCCAGACAUCUUAUACAUGCCUCAGUAGUUGUUGCAAGAUAGGUGGAAAGUGAAUUCCCAGGGCACAUGUUUCUUAAUUUUGUAGUAAUAAUACUUUGGAUUUGUAGUGGGUAUACUUUGCUUGUUUGGAAUCCACCUUAAUUGUAUGAUAUAGGGUUCCUUUAUUAGGUGGCUCAAUGGGGAUAACCAUUAAGAACGUUUUCAAUGAGAAUAAUAAUAUAUGGAGAAAUUCAUUUAAAGUUUUUAUUUUUAAACAUAAAUUUCGGGCAGGUUUCUAUAUAAAUCAUCCUCCUUAACCCAUCCAAAAACAGCAAAAUCAAAACAACACAGAGAUCUAGAGUGUGUGUCUGAAAAAUGGAGGAGGAUAUGGGGAUAAGCCAUAGAAUGGUUGAUGUAAAUGGAAUCAAAAUGCAUAUAGCAGAGAAAGGGGAAGGCCCAAUUGUAUUGCUGGUACAUGGAUUUCCAUCACUCUGGUAUUCAUGGAGACAUCAAAUUCUCUCUUUAGCUGCUUCUGGUUACAGAGCUGUGGCUCCUGAUUUACGCGGUUAUGGCGAUACGGAUGCACCCACUUCCCCACAGUCUUAUACAUGUUUUCACAUAGUUGGUGAUCUUGUUGCUCUUAUUGAUUCCCUUGGGCAAGAUAAGGUGUUUGUGGUAGGACAUGAUUGGGGUGCCAUCAUCAGCUGGUAUCUCUGCUUGUUUAGGCCAGACAAGGUUAAGGCUUUGGUGAACCUUAGUGUCGCCUUUACUCCUCGAAGGCCUACCAUGAAACCACUUGAUGCCUUAAAAGCUAUCUACGGCAAUGAUUAUUAUAUAAUCCACUUUCAGGAGCCUGGAGAGAUGGAAGCUGAAUUCGCCCGGGUUGGUACAGAAACAAUCCUCAAGAACUUUCUGACCCGCCAUAGUCCAGCUCCACUUAUGAUAUCAAAAGAUGAGGGGUUUCCAACCGAUGUUUCAAUUACAUUGCCUUCAUGGUUAUCCGAAGAAGACAUUCUUUACUACACUAGUAAAUACGAAAAGUCAGGCUUUACCGGAGGAUUCAACUAUUACAGAAAUUUUAAUGUAAACUGGGAACUGACGGCACCAUGGACAGGAGCACAAGUAAAAGUACCAGUUAAGUUUAUUGUGGGAGACCAGGAUCUGAGCUAUCAUAUUCCAGGUGUGAAGGAAUAUGUACAGAGUGGUCUAAUGAAGAAAGAUGUACCGUUUCUGCAAGAAGUAGUCGUACUUGAAGGAGUUGGUCACUUCAUCAUGGAAGAACGAGCAGACGACAUCAGUAGCCAUAUUAUCAGUUUCUUGAAAAAUUUCCAAGAAAUUUCAGUUCCAUCUAGUCAAGUCGGGAUAUGUGCUAUAUUGUAAUUGCACUAUGUAAGAAAUGCAGAGUGCAAUUAUAGUGUGAGUCUUAAGAGUGCAAUUGAAUGUGUCAGUCACCUAUUCUAGAA